GAGAAGGGAAGGAAAAGAAGCUGCAUCAACCUUGGGCAGCUCAAUGAAUUUUCACAGCAGCCUGGCUCUAGCUCGAGCAUGCUCAGUGCAGCGCUGACCUACUUUUGCGGGCCGGAGUCUGGAGAGCGCUGGCUGCCGUUCCGCAGAGUCAGAAGGAGCCGGCGGUGCUGCUGUCAUCUGGGGUCGCGCUUGGAAUGUUGCGGCACCCCAGCGUUCCACAACCGAACGUCCGGACGCCGCCGUGUCGCUCCAUCGAGCGCAGCCCGGGUUGCUUGCAACACGCUACGUAGGGAGCACGGGUUACAGCCGCAGCGGCGGAGCCACCGCUGUGAGCAUUUCUAUCGGGCUUCGGUUCGGUUUCUUCUCUGUGUUCCAGCGCGGUGAAGGCAAAAGGCUCCGUGGCAACCCGAGGCGCAGCACUGAAGUAGGAGAGCAUCGUGGGGAGCAGAGAUCUCGGGCCCGGGCGAUCGCACUGAAAGGCUAAGUGGCGAAGAGGAGGGUUGGCUCACCUGGGAGAUAGGCAUCGUGCUGGAGAAAAUCCCAUGAAAUCCCAUGAGCGACUGAGGGUCUAAAUGACUUAUUCAAGGUCACACAGCAAGUCAGUUGCAAAAUGAAAAAUAAGGCUGACGCCUAGACCUUGCUCUUACCACUAGAGGAUUUUUUUCUUAAAUGUAAAUCUUCGUGGAUCAAGGUAAAACUUUCCUGUGAUUUGCUCAGCUUAGAAGGCUGCAUUCAACAGACAAUUCCCUAUCCCAGCUGUCUUCUGAGCAGCCUACUGAAGAAAGAUGAACAUGCUGAACCACCACUACUUUUUGAACUUCUUGCCUUCCACACUUUUUCCCUACCUUUUCAUCUUGUUAGCAGCUUUGACAGCUGCUGAGGAUGUGACUAGUAGCAUUUUAAAUUACACUGACAUGAACUUGGGAUCUGUACCUGUGAUUAUCUCCAUAGUUGAUCAUAUUACAGUCAAGGAAGGGAAGAGUGCCUUGAUUGACUGCAAUGUCCAAGGAAAUCCUGCUCCACGGUACAAAUGGUACAAUUCCAAUGGUUGUUUGCUGAAGGAAGAAGAGAACAGUGGAAAAUGGUGGUUUCUUGACAAUGGGCUACUGAACAUUACCAGCGUGUCUUUUGACGACAGAGGUAAAUACACAUGUGUUGCUUCUAACAUCUAUGGCACUGUGAAUAAUACUGUGACUCUGAGAGUCGUCUUUACCUCCGGAGAUAUGGGGAUCUAUUACAUGAUUGUCUGCCUCGUAGCUUUUACCAUUGUUAUGAUCUUGAACAUUACCAGGCUGUGUAUGAUGAGCAGCCAUCUGAAGAAAACUGAGAAAGCAAUCAAUGAGUUUUUCAGAACAGAAGGAGCAGAGAAACUACAAAAAGCCUUUGAGAUUGCUAAGCGUAUCCCAAUCAUCACCUCAGCCAAAACGCUUGAGCUUGCCAAAGUAACCCAGUUCAAGACCAUGGAAUUUGCUCGCUACAUUGAGGAACUUGCCCGAAGUGUUCCUCUGCCACCUCUCAUCAUGAACUGCAGGACUAUAAUGGAAGAAAUCAUGGAGGUGGUUGGCUUGGAAGAACAGGGACAGAACUUUGUACAGCAAGCAGCAGAAGGCCAGGAGUCUACUGAUGGAGGGGAUAUGUUUAUGAUCCCUAAUGCACUAAAGCGCAGCGACUCUCUCACAGCUGACUCUGAGGCAUCAUCACUGCAUGAACAACCACAGCAGAUUGCGAUAAAAGUGUCAGUUCAUCAGCUGUCCAAAAAGGACUGUAUAGAUGACCAGUCACAAGAUUGUGUGCAAUCAGAAAUUAAGGAAGAAGAGAUUCCUCAAACACCAGCAUCUCCUACUGAUCCAAUUCCUGAGCCUUCUACUGAACCAAACUCCAAUGAUAUAGCAUUGGCAACUGACAAAAAUACGUGUUUUAUUUAUGAAAGCCAUGUAUGAUAAUUACUCUGUUAAUCUAUGCAUAGUAAGAAGAAUCAGGUGGAGCUCCUUUAAAAAUAGAUAUUGUACUUGCCGCUAAGCCUUACCUGGAGACUAUCAUAGAAAAAGCAUGCAUGUGGAUUAUUUGAUAUUUUCUUCUCUGAGUUAAUUUUACUAUGAUGUAUGACAGAGUAAUUACUAUUAUAUUAAUACUAAUUGCUCUUUUUGGUUUAGGAUUUUUUUUUCAGAAACAUUUACCUCAGCAAUUUCUAGGUUGUUGUCAUCUUCAGUGACCUCCUGGAAGUCAUUUGUAGUGCUAAAGACACUUAGACUUACUAAACAUAAAGCUGUUCUUCAUUUUUCUCCUUCUGCUUCCUCCCUUCCAUCUGCUGCAUUUUUGUGAAACUGUUCCCAAGAAUUUGAGACAUUGCCCAGGAGGCAGGAUUUCAGUUGCCAAAUAAAAUCCUAGUUAGAUCCCAUUUACCAAGCAUCUUUGCCAAGCUGCAUUGUGAAUUAAAGAAGGUUAAAUGUGUCUUUUUCAUUUGAGAGCAUUUUAUUUAUGUUUAGACAGUGGGGAAAUAGGUUCCCCUACCCCUUAGGCUGAAGAAGCCAAUAAGUGUUCUUUCACACAGAUGAUAUACAGUGUAUUUGUUUCUACAGAAGAGAAAGCACUUUAUUUGUCAACAGGCUACAGUACAAAUACUGAGUAGAUUUUUUUCAUAUAUUUAAACAUCUGUUGAUUUUACCAGAAGUUUAUAUUGAGAAGGACUGUGGAUGUCCAGAAUGUAUUGUCUUGUUUUUCUUACAUGGUAGAAGUAAAUGGAACCAGAUGAUUUUAUAUAACCUGUCAGGAGUGUAGAUUCAGUAAAAGUGUUGUAACCUCCAGUAUUUUGUUGCAGGUGAGGCUGAAGUGGUAAAAGAUCCUUGUUUAUCAGGAUUUCCUUUUUAGCAAUAUAGUUUCCUGAUGAACAAACACAAGUGCAUCCAUAAUCAUAAUCUUUUUAAUCUGGCUAUGAGUCAAAAAAUUAGUCAAAUACUUGCUAUUAAGUCAUAAUGGUCGUCUCAGUGCAUAAAAAUGGACAGUGAUCACAAACUAUAUUACGAUUGUACAAUUGAUUUGCUAUUUUAAAAAAUCCUCAUGAAAUUGAGAUCUUCUAGGGUGAGGGGGUUAACUGAUCUUAGCAAAUAUUACUCCAUCUUUAUAUAGCUAUCAUAAUCAUGGCAAGUGGGGCAUAUGUCUGUCAUUGGAGAUUUUCAAGAGCAGGUUAGACAAACACCUGUCCAGGAUGGUCUAGAUAAGACUUAGUCCUUCCUUAGUGCUGAGGACUGGACUAGUAGACCUCUUGAGGUCUCUUCCAGUCCUACGAUUCUAUAAUAUUAGGGUCAUGGAGUUAUGCUAGGAUAUUAAUGAACUGCAAAGGUGGGGGAGGGAAGGGGGAUAGUGUCUAUUUCAGAAGUACUGUAAUAUUAUGCACUACUGGAUGAGCAUGGAAAGAGAUCACUUACAAGAGGGAAUUUGUGCAUGAUGAACAGUAGGUUAUUUAAUCAUCUGAUACACAUUUCACUUGGAACUGCUGAGCAGACCAUGGUCUUUUCACUUUGGAGAAGGGCUACCAUGCAUUAGAUCAAGUGUUAGAAAUAACCUGGAGUCUCUUAAUCCAGAGAGUGUUGUGGAGAGAGAAUUCAUUUAGACUGCUGAGAAACUGGUGAGCACAGGCCACCCAGACAUUUCUCAACAGCUGUCACAGCUAGUACAACUUUGAGCAGUGCUGAUGUUUGGCUUGGAGAAGAUCAGAUAUGUUCAUUGCAUAAAUAGUUGGGGGCAAACAAGAUCACUGAAACUGCAGCCAUCAGAAAUGGAUAACAAUGGUGGUGGUGCCCUGAAUGGAGUGUGGAGUUUCCUCAGGACCCAGUUCAGUUACAAAUCGACUGAGAUACACUGAGCUAGCUAAGAUAUGCACCCACCCCCACCUGGAAAAUGUCCCUUUCCUUACGUUUCUACGGCCAAUGAGUAUGAAACAAAAAAAGAGAGGCCCAAUUGCACUAAUUUUUUUUAGGGUGCAAUCAUCUGUAUGUGUAAGUUAUAGCCAUUUAGAUGCCUAGCUACUUGAUUGCACCCAGUAGUCAGGAAAUUUGACAUCUAAAUGUGCACUUUCACAAACAGAAAUAUGCCGGGGUAAGGCCUCUUUAAAAUUUGGCCCCAAAUGUAUAAGUAGUUGCAGUUACGUGAAACAAAUCUAGACCACACUGUGCAGAAGAGGAGACAGGAGCGUGUUAGAAAGAUGUUUAUCAUGACCUGUGAGAGUGAAAGUGCUCACCAACUGAAACACACUGUAAGCUGUUCAGUCUGAAGUACAUUUUUGUUUUAUGUUCUUAUCCCUUUUGCUUUAAAUCACUUAUUUGCUCUUGGUUAACAAAAAGGAGAUUUUACAUAAAGUAAGGCUGGAAGUGUGCACUGAGUUCUUUUAAUUUGUCUUAAUUAUUUAUACUAAAGAGACAUAUUGAUAUUCCUAAUUGUUUAAUGUUUAGCAAAAAAUGGUUUCAUACUAUAAAGUGACUUGCCUGUUGCUCAGUGAAAGUAAUUUUCUCAUGAAGAGCCACACUGUUCUUCAAAGCAGAAUGCUAUAUAUUUAGGAAGAGAUUACUCCUCGAGUUUGUGAGCAACUCUGGACUGCAAGUAUGUCAUCUCUUGAGUUCAUACGGGCCCCACAAAGCGUCUUAGGUUCCUAAGCCCCCAGUUUUAAGCACGACUGCCAUCUACAAAAUCCCCUCUCAGCUGCCACCUAACCCUGGAGGCAAAGAGAUUAAAAAAAAAUCAAUAUUUUGAAACCAAAAAAAUCAAACUUAUUUAAAUUAGAUAUUUUGUAUUUAAAUUAAAUGCUGAUUUUUUUUUAAACUAAACCUAUUUAAAAAUAAAUUUGAAAGUGACAACCUAUGUUGAGGGCUAAAAUUAGUAUAAGCUAUUAAAACCAUUUAAACAUAAAAAUAUUAAGCAUUACAUGUUUGCUGCCAAGUUUUCAAGAAAAGCAUAGCCAGUAACUUUCACCAGUUUGUGAGUAAAAGCCCCUGCAACCAGAGUUUGUUGAAAUACUAAACCAGCUUCUGACAGCAGUAGCCUCUUCGGCAGUUGCAGAGAGAAUAUUUUCCUCAUUUCAGUUUAUUCAGCUAGUUAAAUUCAAUGACUAGUUCAUUCAAAGUUAAGAAACCAAUUGGGAGUUGAAAAAGCUGGAAGGCUUGUUUACCCUCUCCGACUAGAAGAAUAAAAACUAGGUGUGAGAGAAUGAGAUCUACUAGUUCUAAAAUUUCAAAGGGCAUGGUGACUAGAAACAAUCAGUUCAGUUCAUUAACUACAGAUCAUAUUUCCUUUAUUUAAUAAAUCAGUUUUAAAUGCAAAACAUGUUUUGAUAAACUUUUUUCUUGUAUAUUCAGCACUCUUAAGGUAGUUUUAUUUAAUAAAAAAGUUAAAAUGCUGUUUUAGUGCAUUUUUAGUUAAAUUUCAAUUUCCAUCCAAAGAGAGCUUGAUACACAUCACAAGUAAAAAAAAAAUUAAUCUGGUAAAUAAGAGAUGCAUCUUUCACCAUUUUCUAACAUGAUAAAAUAUUUAAAAAUUAAAAAUCUGAAUAAAUGUAAACUAAACUAUAUACUUGUUUAAAUAAAUAUGUAUAGAUAUAUUACAUCCUACUGGUUAGUAAAAAGCAGCAAAGAUUAUAUUUAGUUACAAAUAACGUGUUUUAAUAGUACUAACUAACAAGAAUCACCCCUUUCUUUAGGAAAAGAAUUAAAAAGUACAAAUGCAAAACACGAUUUACAUUAAUUAUUUAAAUCAAGGUUUUCUGCUUGGUGAUUUAAACCAUGAUUAAAAUUGGUGCUAUAAAUCACUUUGAUUUAAAUCAAUCCACCUUGCCCGUAGACACCUAAAGUCCUAAUGUAAAAGUUCCUUAAGAGCCUGAGGGCUUGUGUAUACUGCAUGGUAAAUCGGCACUCCUGUGAUCAAUGCAGCGGCAUCAAUUUAGUGGGUCUGGUGAAGAUGCGAUGAGUUGCUGGCAGAGCGCUCUCCUGUUGACUUCAAUACUCUACCCUCCCCGAGAAGCGCAAUGUAACUUACAUUGACUUCAGCAGCAGUGUAGACCAGGCCUAAAUUUCUGCCUCUGGCAUGUGCACUGCUGCUCUGGCAGGCAUCCAGACACCCAUCUCACUCCUAAGCCCCAGUGCAAUCCUCAAACCAGGUGGCGAUGGGCAGAGCAAUGCUUAUUCCAUUUCAAUUCCCCCCUGUGUCUGAUGAGGAGGGGGGGGUUGAACAGGGGCUUCCCAUCUCAGUGGACUAUGGGAUAUUCCAAUGUGAGUCUCAAUCUCUUGUUGAAGCUGUUCCACUUUGUAUUAAAUAUUAAUUAGGCCACCGGGGGAGGAAAUGACUCUGUAGCCCAGUUAUCAGGGCAUUCAUGACAGAGGUAGGAGACCCCUAUUCAAAUUCCUUUUCCUUCUCAGAGAGCAGUGGGAAUUGACCCUGGUCUCCCACAUCUUACCCUAACCACUGCUGGCCUAACGGUUAUGGUGGAGGCCACCUCUUCCUCUCCCCCCCCCCCCCCGUUGUUUUGUUUGGAGCUAAGCACACAUUCUUGAAAGAAACAGUUUAGGCACCUAAGCCACCUUCCUCUAAGAGAGGUUCCCAGUUGUGGAUUGUUAGCUGAGAUAGGCGCCUCUCUCCAGUCCAGGCUUAAGCUACUGCUACAUCCAACUCAUGAAGUUCAACAUUUAAGACACCCAUUAGAGGGGUGUAUCUCCCAUUGGCUAUCUUAGGCAGCUCACACCUAGCAUGCUGGCUUUUGUGGAUCCCAUUCUCAAGCACCUAUAUCCCCCAUGCAUUAUAUAGGGAGCCAAGGCCCUGACUCCUGCUUUGUGGAUUCCAGUGAUUUUUUAGGCACCUUAAUGUUAGGCAUUGUGAUACCUAAGUCCCUUGAGGAUCCAUGCCACAGUGUCUAGCACAGUGGAGCUCUGAUCCUGAUUAAGGCCCCUAUUCUCUCCUGCAAUCUGUUCAAUAAUAAUUAUUACUAAAUUAUAAUAGUAUGAGGCCAAAUAACCCCAUGGUUUCCAGCAAAAUUUCAAAAUAAAAUCUAUACUUCAAGGAAAUUUAUAUUUUUUUCAAAGGGCUGGACCAUGCAAAGUGAAUAAUGAAGCACAGCCUUUAAAGUGCACAGUGAACCAAUUCUUAUCUAAAUUGCUUGGAUCUGAUGCUAAGACAGGCAUAAUAAGUGAAUUUCUGGCCCAUUUACAUCAAUAGGAGUUUUGACAUUGGAGCUAGGAUUUCACCUAAUUAAACCUUAAAGUUCCGAGAUGAUGCUGGUUCAAUCAAUGUAAUCUGAAGGCUCUCUUUACCUAUGCAUAAAAAUGUUUAAAAGGUAAAUAUAACUUUUUGGGGCAUUUAAUAGUUUGGUCAUAGUUAAUGCGUUACUUGGUUGAAUGAAAAAAUAGUUUUAUGUGGGAAAAAAUGUAGGUUUGUAAUAGUUCUGUUUUAAAUAUUUUCUCUCUAUUUUCAUAUAGGUGGAGUAAUCUUCAGUAUCUUUUUGGAUCUAUUGCAUUAUACCUAUAAGCAUAAAUGUUUAGUAAAUGCUUUUAAGCACUCAUUUUGCAGUAGUGAUGUGCCAAACAAGGUCUGAAGAUCUCAUUCUACCUCUUCCUCCUGUUUAAUCAUAAUCUAUCUCAAAUAAACUGUGUUUCAUAAUAUGAUGAAAGAAUAACAUUUGGGAAUAGCUAGUAUAAAUGUUUUGAUGGAACCAUAAUUAUAUUUCUAGUAUUUACAUAACUUUAAUUUAUAUCCAGGAUAGGUUUCAUCACACACCUUAGGCACUUAAGGGGAAUAGGAGUGAUACAUUACCUCUAAUUUGGCCUAGGCACACCUUUUUACACUAUUAUUAUUUGUUAAGCAUCCGUGUGUUUAGUACCAUACAACACUCAAAAUGCGGAAAGUCCCUGUUCAGACAAAAUUAUGUUCUAAACAUAUCAUGCAGAGUAAUCCAAUUUUAGAAUGAAAUAAGGGGAUCUUGUGUUCUUAAUGCAGCUACACCCUUCAUGGUCAUCCCUAUGUGUCAAGAACUGAAAGUAUUGUAACAUAUAAUCAGGGUUUCCUGACCAGCUUUGCAAAAGUAAGUUACCUACAUACUGAUUUAGAAUAACUCGUUUUUAAAAAAAGCAGUAAUACCCAGUGGUGAAUUCAGAGAGAGUUGGAAGUUGUUACCAAGAAUAUACUGGCAAAUCACUAUUUAAAGUGUUGGUCUCCUUGGUAUCGAUCAUACUUUGUGGGACUGCUGAAACUUUCAUAGAUGCAAAGAAAAUGCUUGCUCUAAAUUACAAGUUAUAUUUCAGUAAUUCUGGAAGUUUUCUUUAAUGUUACAACAAAUGUAAAAGACCUAUGAAUGUGUUCUGCUGAUCAGAAGCAUAGUUACUGUAUUUUGCUUUUAAGAACUGUCAAUUCUAAGAUUUUUCGCAGUCGUAAAUCACAAAGAGAAACCAGUUCAUGCUAAAGUGGCAAAAAAAUGUGAUCUAGCUUGUAAAUUGAUCAUUGUUUCAAUAAAGAAUUUUCACAGAGUA